AUGGAUCCUAAAUCGAAGAACGAUACGGAUAUGGAGCUUGCUGUCAUCAAAACAGGAGGAUCUCGUGAGUUCGUCGCCGGAGAAGACGGUUUGGUCGAAGCUGAGAACGUCGCCGGAGAUGGUGGUGGUGGCGUGGUCAUCGCCGGGGAAGAAGGUUUGGUCGAAGCUGAGAACGUCGACGGUGGUGUUGCUGUGAUCAUCGCCGGAGAAGAAGGUUUGGUCGAAGCUGAGAACGUCGCCGGUGGUGUUGCUGUGAUCAUCGCCGGAGAAGAAGGUUUGGUCGAGGCUGAGAUCGUCGCCGGAGAUGGUGGUGGUGGCGUGGUCAUCGCCGGGGAAGAAGGUAUGAAUCCGUUUAUGUGA